GUUCCUAAAGUAGUACUUAGUAGUAUAAUAUAAGUACACAAUAGGGAACGUAAUGAUUUCGGCUCAGGAGAGAAUCAGUCAUAUUGAAAAAUUCAAUACAAUAAAAGAAAGCAGAAGCCACUUUCAGCUAAACCGAACCUCAUUCCCACAUUUUUUAGAGUAAACAAGGAAACAAAUGGGUGGCAGAGCAUUUGGCUUGCAUAGUGAUGCUGAUUCUUUGUUUCAUAACAUGAGCACCACCAUAACACGAGCGAGGCAGAGGUGGCAUGUUGCGUGUGCAGCCAUUUAUUCCUUCAGAGCAUUUCUGUCCCUAGGCAAAAACACCACCCUGAGUAUUGGUUAUCAACAGCCUUACACAAUCCUAGAAAUUGAGCCUAACAGCCCAGCAACACCCCCUUCAUCAUCCAUAGAUGCAGAAAAACUUGCCGAAAUUGUCAGAGAGAAGAGAAUUGAAUCUCUUCAGACAAUUGGUGGCGUCCACAAAAUAGCGAAUGCUCUCAAGACGAAUGAAGCGAGUGGCAUCUCAGGAAGCGAUCAUGAUAUUGGGUGGAGAAGAGAGAAAUUCGGGUCAAAUACUUAUAGCAGGCUCCCUCCUAAAGGAUUCCAUUAUUUUGUCUGGAAUGCCUUUCAAGAUCUCACCCUCAUCGUUCUCCUUGCAUGUGCAGCCCUUUCUCUUGGGUUUGGCAUCAAGUUGCAUGGCUUUAAAGAAGGGUGGUAUGAAGGAGGAAGCAUCUUUGUGGCAGUUUUCCUUGUUGUAAUUGUUACUGCUGUUAGCAAUUUUAAACAAGAUAGACAAUUCACCAAGCUAUCAAAAAUCAGUGACAACAUUAUGAUCAGUGUUGUAAGGGAUAGCAGGCCGCAACAGAUCUCCAUAUUUGACAUCGUAGUUGGAGAUGUGGUUAUCUUGAAGAUUGGGGAUCAGAUACCAGCAGAUGGACUCUUCAUAGACGGGCAAUCCUUGUUGAUAGAUGAGUCGAGCAUGACAGGGGAAAGUGAUCAUAUUGAGGUCAAUUCUACAACCAACCCUUUUUUUCAUUCAGGUUCAAAGGUUGGUGAUGGAUAUGGCAGGAUGUUGGUGACAUCUGUUGGGAUGAACACUUCGUGGGGAGAGAUGAUGAGCUCAAUCAAUCGCGAUAUCACCGAAGAAACUCCGUUACAAGUGAGGCUCAACGGGUUAACCUCAGCAAUAGGGAAGAUAGGUCUGCUUGUAGCUUUUCUAGUCCUCGUAGUGUUAUUUGUAAGGUAUUUCACAGGGAACACACGUGAUGACCAAGGGAAUGUGGAGUAUACUGGUAGCGACACCAACAUCAAUAGAAUACUUAGUUCCAUAGUUCGGAUCAUCUCUGCUGCAGUCACCAUUGUGGUUGUUGCAAUUCCCGAGGGCCUUCCGUUGGCUGUGACACUCACGCUUGCUUACUCGAUGAAAAGGAUGAUGGGAGAUCAGGCGAUGGUGAGAAAGCUCCCGGCUUGUGAGACAAUGGGGUCCGCCACAGUCAUUUGCACUGAUAAAACGGGAACUCUGACGUUGAAUCAAAUGCAAGUGACCAAGGCUUGGAUCGGAGAAGAAGAAGGCUCCCGAGUUACUGCUCCCAGAAUACUUGAAUUUCUCCAACAAGGAGUUGCUUUGAACACAACAGGUGUAGUAUACAUACCUUACCAGGGAGGGGUACCGGAAAUUUCAGGAAGUCCAACGGAGAAAGCCAUUCUUUCUUGGGCAAUUAAGGAGUUAAGUAUGGAUAUGGAGACAACAAAGCAAAGUUGUUCAGUUCUUCAGGUUGAAAGCUUCAACUCAAAUAAGAAGAGAAGUGGGGUGAUGAUGAGGAAGGAAUCUGAUGGUACUAUCCACGUGCACUCGAAAGGAGCAGCAGAGAUUAUUCUAUCGAUGUGCUCCUAUUAUUACACCACUUCUGGAACAAAAUUGGAGAUGGAUGAGGAUGCAAGAAGGAGAAUAGGGCUGAUAAUUGAAGGCAUGGCCGCAAGCAGUCUUCGCUGCAUUGCAUUUGCUCAUAGAGAAGUCUCAGAAGAAGAAUUGGAGUACGAAGAGGAAAAUGGUAAGCCUAAGCUUAAAGAAGAAGCCUUGACCUUGUUGGGGAUCAUAGGUCUGAAGGAUCCAUGUCGUCCAGAGGUCAAGAAUGCAGUAGAAGUGUGCAAAAGAGCAGGAGUUAAAAUCAAAAUGAUCACAGGAGACAACAUUUUCACAGCUAAAGCUAUAGCCACAGAAUGUGGCAUACUCGGAUUCCAGCAACAGGAAGGUGAAGUUGUGGAAGGAAUAGAAUUCCGGAACUACACCCAUGAAGAAAGAAUGGAAAAGGUUGAUAGGAUAUGUGUAAUGGCAAGAUCAUCACCCCUUGAUAAGCUCUUGAUGGUUCAAUGCUUAAAGCAGAAAGGCGAAGUGGUUGCAGUUACAGGAGAUGGCACCAAUGACGCACCUGCUCUAAAAGAAGCAGAUAUUGGACUUGCUAUGGGAAUUCAAGGCACUGAGGUCGCUAAGGAGAGUUCCGAUAUUAUCAUCCUUGAUGAUAAUUUUAGCACUGUUGCCACCGUUCUAAGGUGGGGUCGAUGUGUUUACAACAACAUACAAAAAUUCAUCCAAUUCCAGCUUACUGUAAACGUAGCAGCUCUUGUCAUCAACUUCAUAGCAGCGAUUUCAGCCGGAGAAGUCCCUCUGACAGCUGUCCAACUACUGUGGGUGAAUCUCAUAAUGGAUACAUUAGGGGCGCUGGCCCUUGCCACAGAGCGUCCUACCAAAGAGCUUCUCGAUAAGCCACCUGUUGGAAGGACAGCACCCCUCAUAACCAACAUUAUGUGGAGGAAUCUACUGUUCCAAGCCCUAUAUCAGAUAACAGUGCUCUUGAUCCUGCAGUUCAGAGGUAGGUCUAUCUUUAAUGUCAAUAAUAACCAAAAGAAUACGCUUAUCUUCAACAUCUUCGUCCUGUGUCAAGUGUUCAAUGAAUUUAAUUCAAGAAGGAUGGAAAAGAAGAACAUAUUCCAAGGAAUUCACAAAACUCCUCUGUUUCUCGGGAUUAUUGCUAUAACAAUCGUCCUUCAGGUUCUGAUGGUUGAGCUCUUAAAAGAUUUCGCCAACACAGUAAGUUUAAAUUGGAAACAGUGGGUAAUAUGUAUUGCUAUCGCAGUAGUUACAUGGCCCAUUGGUUUUCUAGUCAAAUUCAUACCUGUUCCAGAAGAACCCAUUUUCACUACUCUUGCCAGAUCAAUAACAAAAACCAGAAAGUUCAUCUUCAGAACUGCUGAUCUUGAAACCAGACAUAGUCGAAAAGCACUAUAGGAGCUCAACAUGUGACAUCAUAGCAGAUCAGAAACCUUAUUGAUUCUUUUUCUUAAAAUUUUAUCUUUGUAUCUACUAGUCUGGAUUGGUUAGUCAUCAGGCAUUGUUGCAUUGUACAUCUUAACCACCACAACUCUUGAAGUAGGAUAGAUACAGGAUUAUUAUUGACGUUGUAAACUUAACCUUUAAGGUUCAUUUUGUGUAAGGUCGACUAUUUUCUUAUUUAAUUUUUUUUGGCAGAAGUGUAAGGUCAUUAAUAUUAAGAAAAAAGAACUUUUUGUACAAUUUGAAAGGAUGUCCCAUAACAACGAUCAAGGCAA